ACUGUCUGGGAAUCAUGCCUUCGCAAAAGGACAUCAUUCAUUUGACAUUCGGAACACUUUCACAUCAUAUCACAACACACUUCUUUAAUCAACAAGCAUCACAUUUCGAAUAUCCGGAACAAGGAAUUGCAGGUCCUUCUAGAACAAGAGAUGACGAUGAUGAUGAUUCGGAUAAAGAGGAAGACCCGCUUUUGUUCGAUCCUGCUGUAGAUUUUCAAGAAGGAAUAGGAACAAGAAGAUCAGAACCUACAUUCUUUCCAAGGCAGCUAGUCGUUGAUUUCAAGCACAAUCUAGGAACGGCAUGGGAUGCAUACAAUGUAGUCGUUGAUGAUGAUGCUGAAGAUGAAGAUGAGGGGGAUCAGGAUGGAUAUAGUGUACUGAGACCGAGCAAGGCUGCGAAUGAAGGAUAUCAUGCCUGGAACAAUGCUGCAGAGGUGCAAUGGGUAGGAGGAACAGAUGGUAAAGUGAAAAGUACGAGACUUGGACCGGUACUGGACGCUGAUGGUGACGAGUAUUACGAGGAUUCAGAUGAAGAAGAGCACGCAAAUACAGCCACGAAUGGAAGUGCAGAACAAUUACAUGAUACCGCAAAGAGACAAUUUCGGAAGCCGAAGAGAACGAAUUUAACACCUGCAUCUUACGCACACAAUCCUCAUCAUCCUCGCAGUACUCGAUCGCUGCCCUAUCAUUUUGGAGGUGGGUCUCUCGUGCCUAUGGAUGUACAAAAGGAAGAGGGUAAAGUGCCUUUCACCACUUUCGAGAUGGGUAUCGGUCUUUUCAGGCAGAUGGAUAAAGAAGAAUCUCUGCUUGACGAACAAUUGAGGUGGUUCGCGGAAGAUAGUGACUCUCUGCAGUCAUUCUCAUUGUCAGCAUCGACGUUUGAUGGAUUUGGGGGUAUGGCACAUGAAAUGGUACAGCUCUUAUCGGACGAAUUUCCCAAGAUACCCGUACUUGCCUGGGGUGCAGAUCAGGAAAUAGACACAGAUGUGCAAGAUGGUCUGCAUAAAGAUCGCUUGGCUCGCCUGCGUAAAGCCAAUAAUGCCUUGUCUCUUUGGUCCCUUUCGUCAGCCUCGCUUUACACACCUAUGGGUCUCCCACAAGAACUUUCAAGCAAUACUGCUCCAUCGCAGUACCUUUCUUCAAGAAAUGACUGGCGUGAUCCAUAUCAUCUGAGCGGCCUAUUUGCAGCGCACAUUGAUACGGCGACUUUAUCCAGCAGAUUGCACAACGAGCGUUCUCGUCAAACUACUGCAACUCUUAUCAACAGCUUGAAUUGGAGAAGGGAUACACCGAUUGGACAAUUGGGAGGAUGCAUUCCUACACCUCUCCUUGCGCCUUAUGCUGUGGUGGAUCGACCUUUGGAUCCGAUUGAAGCUUUACUUGCUGCUCGCGGAUAUGACCCUCGCAAGCAAGAUCGCAAGAAUUCGAACAGAAUGACUGAUACAGAACGUGCAAAGAUUGCAGCUGAAGCUAUUCAAAAGAGUUAUAUAAGCUUUGCACCUGGGCAGAAUGCACAUGACGGGAAAGAUAAACCGUAUGCACAAUUCACAACCGCUCGUGAUGAUCGAAUGGCUGAGACACCCACAAAAGCAGCACUGGAAGCUUGGAGCGCACUUGAUGAGCCAGCCGGUGGAAGUUGUUUUGUUCCUGCAGCUUUCAAUGUGCGAUGGUCUUCGUUCCCACAAAUGUUCCGUGGCCUGACAUCGAAUGGUAGACCGCUUCCACCAACACACAAGGACACGAAUGAAUCAGAAGAGCAAAAGAAACGUCGUACAAAAGUUCAAAGUGUUCCUAUGCUUGCCUCUUUGAGCACAACGCCGGAAAGUGCACAUUUAAUCGCUGAUGCACGUCAAUUUAUCGAUUCGACAUUAAUCAAAGGUCAUGAACCGUUGACUGCAUAUGGAAUCGGUGGCUCGCGUGGUAGAAGCGGAGCAGGACAAGCAGCAAGUGAAGAAACGGAAGGUUUCUUGGGUGGUCGUGAUGGAUUGAUGGAAGUUCGUGAAAGGUUGGAAGAAUUAUUAGGAGCCUACGAAGAAGGGCUGGCCGGAGGACGAAUCAUGUCUACCGAAGAGGAAGAUGCAAUCGGAACAGAUGAAGAAUACGAAGAUGAUCACGAGGAAGAGUGGGAUUUGUGAUUGCAAAUUUGUAUUUUUAUAUUUGUACAAUACUGUAUAUCACUUUUUCGUCAUAUCAUGAAUAU